AAGCGAAACAGAGAGAGAAGGUUUAUAAAUUAUAUAUUUCCAGUUGUGUCCCUGGCUGAGGAAUUUCCAUUUUCCAAUUCCUUUUUCUUUAGCGUUGAGACUGAGUCAGAGAGUGAGUCACCCGCUACAAGGCAACUCGUGCAUUGAAGGGUUGGUUAACUCCCUCUACGCUAUGGUUUCCGAAUCGGAGCUUAUCGGCCGCCUCCGCGAGUUUCUCCGGAGCUCCGACCUCAACACCACCACCACCGCCACCGUCCGCCGCCAGUUGGAGGCCGAUUUCGGAAUCGAUUUAUCCGACCGAAAGGCAUUCAUUAGAGAACAGGUGGACUUGUUCCUCCAGAGCGAGCACCACCAACCACAACAAGAAGAUUCUCCCCGAAACGACGACGUAGAGGCAGAAGAAGAAGAUGCGCCCAAUCCUGAACAAAGCCAAGGCUCUGAUUCCAAGGAAGAAUCGGAAGAAGAAGAUGAUGAUAACGAUGACGAAGAGGAAGAGGAAACCAAACCCAAGGGCGCCAAGAAUGGGAAGAAUAAAGCACGAUCUAACAAAUUAGGCGAUGAGGUAGUAAAGAAAAGAGGUGGUGGAUUUUGCAAGUUAUGUAGCUUGUCUCCGCAACUUCAAGAAUUCAUUGGAGCUCCAGAAAUGGCCAGGACAGAGGUUGUUAAGCAACUAUGGGCUUAUAUUAGGGAGAAAAAUUUGCAAGACACAAACAAUAGACGAAUUAUAAUUUGCGAUGAACCAUUGCGCGCCCUUUUCAGUGUCAAUUCGAUUGACAUGUUCCAAAUGAACAAAGCUUUGUCGAAGCAUAUCUGGCCAUUGGAUUCAGAUGAUGUGGUCCAGGUGAAGUCUGCAUCAAAGGAAAAGCAGAAGAAGCAAGAGAGAGAAGAUGAUUCAGAUGAGCCAAAAAGAAAGGAAAAACGGCAGAAGGUAGGGAAAUCAGGUUUUCUGGCUCCCCUUCAGCUAUCUGACGCCCUUGUAAACUUCCUUGGUACUGGAGAAAGUGAGUUAUCAAGAGCUGAUGUCAUAAAAAGAAUGUGGGAGUACAUAAAAGGAAACAAUCUUCAGGAUCCUUCUGACAAGAGGAAAAUAAUAUGUGACGAGAAGCUGAAAGAACUCUUUGAUGUUGACUCCUUCCAUGGUUUCACAGUUACAAAACUGCUGGCUCCUCAUUUUAUAAAGACAGAGCAGUGAGUUGCUUGUACAUUGUUAUUUCUGUCAAGCAUGGGAGAGAUGGGGAAUUUUGUUUGUCAAAUUAGUUUUUUAAGGUCUUCUUUAGUGUCUUUUAGGCAGUCCGCCAACAGGAGGAAUAGGAAUUAGUAAAGUGACAGAUUUUCAGUAAUUUUUUUUUUCGAAGUACUUGAUGUUACGUGACCUUUUAUUUUAUUUAUUCUAUAUAUCCUGUUUUGCCACUUCGCAGUUGAAGAUUUUGUAUAUUUUUAGUUCAUGAAGCUGCGAGGACCAUGUUAACUUCAUAUUUUACUGGGCCAUUUGGCCUUACUACAGAGUAUCGAUACACUAUA